AUGGAUGUUCAAGCUCAAGACUCUGGAUAUCCAACGGCGACGCUUUCGACACAGUGGACGACUAAGGCGACAGCUAAUCACUCCAUUCAAUAUAAAGAUGUCACUGUGCGAUUAAUUCUACGCAGAGGCAAAGAAGCUUCAAAUCUUGCCUACGCUUGCGGCUUUUACUGUGAUGGUUACUGCAAUACUUACCUCUUUGCAAUUGUCAUUGUCCACCAUUACGGCUUAGAUGAUGAAUCCACUUUUGCCAGUCCCCAAGUAGUAUGGUCUGCCAAUCGACACAAUCCUGUAAAGAUUGGCGCGACGUUAGAACUCACAUCUGAAGGCGAUCUGGUGUUGAAAGAUGCUGAUGGUACUGUUGCUUGGUCCACUAACACUUCUUAUAAAUCCGUUGCAGGCUUGACCCUGACAGAUUUGGGGAACCUCAUGUUGUUUGAUAAGAAUAAUAUGACCGUUUGGCAGUCUUUUGAUCAUCCAACCGACUCGCUUGUCCUCGGACAAAAGUUGAAGGCAGGUCAAAGAUUGGUGCCAAGUGUUUCUGAGACAAACUGGACCGUAGACGGUAUGAUUACGCUAUUCAUGAAUGGCCACGGUUUAACAGCUCAAUUGGAGACUCGUCCUCCUCAGAUCUAUUACCAGUAUUUGAUUGAUAAUCAGAAUGCCAGUAUUGAAUCUCCAUAUGUUCAGUUUGUAAAUGGAAGCUUGGCUUUCUUCUCAAAUUAUAUCCGAAAUGUGAGUUUGCUUUCUAUCCCUCAAAUAUCUUCUCUACAAUACAUAAAGCUGGGCUCAGAUGGGCAUUUGAGAGUGUAUUAUUAUAAAGAUAAACGUAGAUAUAUGACUCGACCUAGCCCUGCACACUGGGUAGCAGCGGCUGAUCUUAUGGAUUAUCUCGCGGACUGUGGUCCGAGAGUAUGUGGACUAUAUGGAAUUUGCUCCAAUGGGCAAUGCAGUUGUCCUACUUCGAUUGGGGGAACAAGCUACUUCAAGCCAGUAAAUUAUAAGCAUCCUAAUAUUGGGUGUUUUGAGAAUAUUCCAUUGUCUUGUGGGGAUUCACAAAAUCAAAGUCUUCUGGAGCUCAUAGAUGUCAUGUCCUUCGUUUUCAAUUCAGAUCUCGAGAACAUAGAUGCUACAAGUUGUAAAGAGGCCUGCAGAAAGAAUUGUUCAUGCAAAGCGGCUAUAUUCAAGUAUUAUUCAAAUCUUACUAAUGGCAGUUGUUACUUGCCAACUCAAGUGUUUUCACUUAUGAAUAUUAGUGAGACAACGACUUCUUAUUAUUCUACUACUUACCUAAAGGUACAAAAUGUGCACUUUGCAAGAUCUCCGACUCAUUCUCCUGAAGCUCCUCCUGCCAAGGAAGUUCCUAAUACUUCGGUCGACAACCAAAGGAGCAACCGUUUCCUUAUAAUACUUGGGUCCAGCUUCGGAGUGCUCUUUGGCAUGAUGAUUCUUAUUGUAGUCAUAGUCUCAAUUGUUUGGAAGAGAGAUGAUAAUGAAGCAGAGGAAAUAAACCUUGAUCAAGUGCUUGGAAUGCCCACAAGAUUCACAUUCGAUGCUUUGAAAGCCAUUACAAACAACUUCAAUAAAAAGCUUGGCGAAGGUGGUUUUGGUUCUGUUUCCGAAGGUACUCUAAUUGACGGCACAAAAGUUGCAAUAAAGCACCUUAAUGAUUUUGGGCAGGUCAAGAAAUCCUUUCUAACUGAAGUUGAGACUAUUGGUAGCAUCCAUCAUAUCAACUUGGUAAGACUCAUGGGAUUUUGUGCUGAGAAAUCCCAUAGGCUCCUGAUCUAUGAGUACAUGCCGAAUGGGUCUCUAGAUAGAUGGAUCUUUCGUAAACCCAAUGAAUAUGUUCUCGACUGGCCACAAAGGAGGAAGAUCAUUCUCGAUAUAGCGAAUGGAUUGAAAUAUCUUCAUGAAGAUUGCAGACAAAAGAUAUUGCAUUUAGACAUUAAACCCCACAAUAUCCUCUUGGAUGAGAAUUUCAAUGCUAAGGUUGCUGAUUUUGGAUUGUCUAAGUUGGUCAAUAGGAACCAAAGCCUAGUCAUCACAACCAUGAGAGGAACCCCUGGUUAUUUAGCGCCCGAGUGGUUGAGUGCAGUAGUUACCGAAAAGGUUGAUGUUUACAGCUUCGGCGUGGUAAUCUUGGAGAUAGUUUGUGGGAGAAAAGUCUUCGAUUGCUCUCUAGAUGAAGAAGAUAUGCAUUUAUUGGGCCUUUUUAAAAGAAAGGGAAAAGAGGAACGAUUACUGGACAUUGUGGAUAAGUAUCACCAGGAUAUGCAACUAAUUGGGCCACAAGUGUUGAAUAUGAUGAGGAUUGCUGCAUGGUGCUUACAAGGAAAUUAUGCAAAGAGGCCUUCGAUGUCAAUGGUCAUCAAGGUGUUAGAGGGUGUUAUGGAAGUUCCAAACAACUUGGAUUACAACUUCUCUACUCAACCUUCCACUAACGGAGCCGCAAAAUUUGGUCAAGAAUUCAAUACUACAACUGCAUUAUCACCCUCGAUUCUAAGUGGUCCGCGAUGA